GGCGGCGGGCGGCUCGGGGAGCUGCGGCGGGAGGCGGCGGAGUAUUACCGGGGCCACCGAGUGCCGCAGCGGGUGGAGGAGGCGCUCAACGCCCUCUUCCCGCUAUGCCCCGCAGAUCUCUACGGGGCCUUGGUACCUCCAGGGGGGCCGCAACGCGUGAGGCGCCCGCCCCGGCUGCUCCUAAGGGAGGCCGCGGGGCUGCUGCCGCCUCUGGGCGGGUGGAGGCUUGGCCGAGGUUCCCCGCAGCCCCCCACCUGCCCGUAGGCCCCUCUCGGGUGUCUUCUGGCAGCCCUAGCUGUGACCUGCCCUGGUGCCCCUUAUAAGCCCAGUGGCUGCUGAUGAGAGGAGCCCGAGGUUUCUGUGGCUAAAAGUACACUUAAACACUGGGCUUGCCACUGCCUCGGGCAAUUUUCUUUCAUUUUUGCCUCUUGGGGCAAGUGGCACGAUGAUGCUGGUCCAUAUAGUUCUGUGCAGCAUCACAGCUUUUUGUUAUAUGCUGGUUGCUGGUCUCGGUGCAAAGGGAGAGUACUUUGCCUUGGGAGGCUGUUGGUGGGCAUCCCUAGUAAAACUGCUGGUCAGCACACUGAUGCCAUGGGCCAGUUGCAAUAAAAGAGACUGGGCAUGUUUCAGCUCUUCUUGGAAAGAGUGUGGGCCUCACACCAGUUAUAUCUGGUAUCAACUUGACAAAAUAUUGUAGGGAGUCCUACUAAUGAAACAUCUGGUAGUGAUGAUACAGCAACUACAAGGAAUACAAAUAGGGUGUAACUCUUUAAAAUAGUAUAUGAAAGUGUGUGGAAAUGAAGCAUUUCACUGUUUCCCGUCUCCAAGUGUUUUGCCAUCACCAGGGGAAGAUGGGUAGCACAUGAAUUGUAAGCACAAUGAUUGUUUUUGUUACAUAGUGUAAAUCCAAGUAAGCUUUGGGCAAAUGCCUAUUUUCUGGGAGGGCUAAGGAGAUACUUGAUGAUACCCAUCACUAGCUUUGUAAAAUAAAACACAUGUUCAUCUAACCUGGAUAUGACUUUGGACUUUCCAUAUAACUUGUAUCUGUUCCCUGGAAUGAUUCUUAAGCAGAUGCUGUAGAAAUAAAUGUGCAGUGUAACACAAGUAUGUUGAAGAUUGGGACAUAAAAAUAGAUUUGCGCAAUGGUGGAUAUAAUCUAAAUUUGUUUAAUGGAAUAAAAACCUUUUUGCAUAGCAACUGACUUCUGAUGGGUUCUUUCUCUUUCAUUUAAGGCUAACUACUUUUCUACAUUUUCAAAAGCUCCAGUAAUAUGCAAACUAGCUGGAAGAAAAGUUCUUGAUGGAGUUGGUAAACCAACAUUAGAAGUGGAAAUAUACUGCACAGUUAAAAACUACGAGAAGCCAUGUCUAGCCCUAGGAUUUGUUCUGCUAUAAUGUCUUCUCAUUCUCAUGUACCCGAAAAUGCUUCACCUGAAAUAAAUGAAGGUGAUGAGAAAGAAAGAAGUGACAGUGUUGCCACUGCUGUGGAAUGGGUGAAUGAAUCCCUGAACGCAGUGUUAAGGGACUUGAAGCCUACUGACCAGUGUGAAGUUGAUAAGAUGCUUGGUGAAUACUUUAGAAAAAAGGUAGAAGAAAAAAAAAUUCAAAAGGAAGAAGAAGAAGCAACAGCCCCUCUUUCCUGUGCUCCAUCAGCAGUGGCACUAUCUGGGAAAAAAAAAGCAGCAAAACCAGGGAAGAAGAUGUCAAGUACAGAGAGAACAAUCCCGCCUGCAGAACCCAUUGAACCAGUGCUUUGUGGCAGCUUAGCUAUUGGGGGAACAUCACUUGCUGUAGCUAAGGCUGGUGCCACUAUUAAUCAUAUCCCAUUGUACUUACAUAUAGCACUGCUGAAAUAUAAUCAGUUACAGGAUUCACCUAAAGAAAUGACUCUGCCACAUCCAAUGAUUACUCUGUUGAACUGUGAAAAAUUUUCACCUGCAAAACUGAAAUUAGUGAAAGAAGUUAUGCUCAUACCACCAGCUCAGUUAUCACUCAAGCAGGGCAUAGAAAGAGUUCUGGAUAUACAGAAAGAAGUGAUGAGACUGUUGGAACCUGCAGGGAAAGUGCCCAGUCCUCAACUAGCAGACAAUAAGAAAGGCAAAGCACCUAAUACAGGGAAGAAAGCUCCGCUACCGCCCUUAAAAAGAGUAUCACACUUAGGCUGCCUAAUAACAGGAUGGGAUAAUCUAGAACAACCUCUACUCCUAAUGCAAACAGCUUGCAACAACAUAGGUCUGGAGCUAGGAACAGACAUGUAUUUAGCAAUAAAUUGUGCUGCUCAUGAAUUAAUGGAUUACGUUAAAGGAAAAUAUGAAAUACUUACUGGAACAUUCAAAAGUCCUGAUGAAAUGGUUGACGUGUAUGUGGAACUGAUUAAUAAAUUUCCUUCUAUUAUUGCAUUAGUAGAUCCCUUAAGGAAAGAGGACAGACAACAAUGGAGUAACAUUUGUUGUGCCCUUGGUUCCAAAUGUUACCUGAUUGCUGAAGAUGCUGCUGCAAAUAUUUCCAAACUUAAAAUAGACCAGAGCACGAACGUACCGAUGUGCAGUGGUGUUGUCCUAAAAUAUAUUAAUCAAACCAAGGUAUCAGACCUCAUAGAAUUUACUGGACUUCUAGAUGGUCAAAGACAUAUUACCAUAUUAGGAAGUCCAGAUGGAGAAUCUUCUGAUGAUAGCCUUGUGGAUCUGGCUGUUGGACUGGGUGCCAGGUUUAUCAAGUUGGGAGGUCUUUCCCGUGGAGAAAGGGUGACCAAAUACAACCGCCUUCUUGCUAUAGAGGAAGAACUGGCCAAGAAUAGAACGCUACGGUCUGAAGCAAAUUUUGAGUUUACUGAUUUUGCUGAAGAAACACAGCCAGAAAAAGAACUGUCUGAUGUAAUUCCUCCCCCAGCGCAGGAUUCGUUGCCUCCACAGCUCUCUCAGCCAGCCCUGCAGGUUCACAGUUUGCCUGCACAGCUCCCAGAUAACAACACACUAACCUAGGUUGCCCCCCAAAUUAACUUUUAGGUAAAUUUCUGAAAACUAAUUUUGGUAAGAAACUCAUAUACUGACUGCUACUUAAUCAAUUUAUUUUCACGUACUUCAGCUAAAAAUUUUAAGCAUUCAAAUAUUAGCUUCUUUUCCCAGGAGACCAUUACUUCCGGCUGAAACCAAGAUAACUGAACAGUGACUACAGUUUGAAAAUACUGCAAAAUUCUGUGCUGUAUUUACAAGUUGACCAAACAAAUACUUCUGUGUUAACUUCAAAACUAAAUGUUUGUUUUGAGAAAGUAGAGAUCUCUCUCCGCACAAAGAGUAAGCUAUUGACAAACAGUAAAAAAAACACAUUUUACAAAAAACAAAGGCCUUGACUGUUUUGCUGCUCCAGCCCCUCCCCACCCCCCCGCACAACCUCAAUGCUGCUCUUAGAUCUAGCCUACAAGGGAAAUUUUGCUCCAGUUCUAGCUAGCUAUCAA